GAGUUGACCUUAAGACGGGAGAUUCUCCGGGUGAGCCUGAUCUAAUUAUCUGGUUCUUUCAAAGCAGCAGAAGUCAGAGAGAUUUGAAGCACGAGGGGGAUAGGACACCCCACUGCUGGCUUGAAGAUGGAAGGGGCCGUAUGAGAAGAAAGUGCAGUGGUUUCUAGGAGCUGAUGAGGUCUCCCAGCUGAUAGCCAUUGAGGAAGUGGAACCCUCAAUCCUAUAAUCACAAGAAAGUGGAUUCAGCCAACAACCUGAGUGAGCUUAGAGGUAGAUUCUCCCCUUAAUCUUCCAGAUAAGACCUCAGCGUGGCUGGCACCUGGACUUUGGCCUUCAGCAGAGGACCCAGUUGAGCAAUGCCAGACUUCUGACCUACAGAACUGAAGAUAAAUCUGCAGCAGUGUCGAGGAGGGACUGGAAGGUUAAGAAGCCUAGAGGUGGGGAGACGUGGAGGAUAUUGUCCAAGGUCAGCGAGCUGCAUCACCUCUUCAGUGAGAUCCAGUUCCCUAAAAGACGAGAGAAAGCAUUGCAGUAGCUUCCUUCUUCUGCUUGGAGGAUGGAGAGAGGGAAAUAUAAAUGGCCUCACUAACUUCUUGAAACUAGAGAGGCCAGGCAGAGGGGCAGCAGAGCAGCGGAUUAAAUGCUUGGAUUCUUGGUUCUGCCUCUUGCUAUCCACGUGGACUUGCCUCAGCUUCCUCAAAGAUGGUGAUAACUGUACCUCCCCGCCAGUGAUGCUGUGAGGGGCAGCUGAGUCCACACGUGUACAGCGCUCGGCACAACGAUGAGGCGCCCUGAGCACUUGUUCUACUGCAGGGCCCAGGGCACUGGGCUGUUAGACACGGCGCCCGAAGGAAGGCCUGGUGAGGUAGCAGAAGUGCACCAUCGUCAACAGUUUUGUCACUGGCCCUGUCAGUGCGCUCACCAGAAGCCCAGUUGCCCUCCUGGAGUGAGCCUGGUGAGGGAUGGCUGUGGAUGCUGUAAAAUCUGUGCCAGGCAACCAGGGGACACCUGCAACGAAGCUGACCUCUGCGACCCCCACAAAGGGCUGUACUGUGACUACUCAGCAGACGGGCCUACGUACGAGACUGGAGUGUGUGCAUACCUUGUAGCUGUGGGAUGUGAGUUCAACAGGGUACAUUAUCAUAAUGGCCAAGUGUUUCAGCCCAAUCCCCUGUUUAGCUGCCUCUGUGUGAGUGGGGCCAUUGGAUGCACACCUCUGUUCAUACCAAAGCCGGCUGACAGGCACUGCUCUAGGGCUAAAGGUGGAAAGAAGACUGAUCAGUCAAAAUGUGGCCUGGGGUCAUCACAACAGCAGCUGUCAACAAGCUACAGAACAAUGCCAGAUGCAUGCCAAGCUUUUAACCUGCUUCCUGCGCUGAGGUCUUUAAACUGUUGUCUACCUUCCAGCUUAUAGGAAUCUCCCACUUAUUUGGAAAAGAAAAUGUCUUGUGCAAGCAACAAAGUGGACCCCUUGCUCCAGAACAUGUGGGAUGGGCAUAUCUAAUAGGGUAACCAAUGAAAACAGCAACUGUGAAAUGAGAAAUGAGAAAAGACUGUGCUACAUUCAGCCUUGUGACAGUAAUAUAUCAAAGACAGUAAAGAUCCCCAAAGGAAAAACAUGCCAACCUACUUUCCAACCCGUCAAAGCUGAAAAAUUUGUCUUUUCCGGAUGUUCAAGCACUCAGAGUUAUAAACCCACUUUCUGUGGGAUAUGCUUGGAUAAAAGAUGCUGUGUCCCUAACAAGUCUAAAAUGAUUACCAUUCAAUUUGAUUGCCCAAAUGAAGGGUCAUUUAAAUGGAAGAUGCUGUGGAUUACAUCUUGUGUAUGUCAGAGAAACUGCAGAGAUCCAGGAGAUAUAUUUUCUGAGCUCAAGAUCCUAUAAAACCAAGCACAUGGGGAAAAAGUUAAGGUCAAUCAUGUCAUUACAUCAAAAUUUAAAAUGGUUUUAAAAGGGUGGCAAAUCUGCCUUAUUGGUUUAAAACAGUAAGAAUGCCUAGCUAUUCUCAGGUAACUGUAUUUAAGGCAUUAGAAGCUUUAAAAAAGGUUCUCCUAAAAAUAUAUGUAAAAUAUGAAAACCUUAAAAUUGAGCUCUUAAAGUGUAUAAUUAUGUAAUACAAAAGUAUUUGGUUCCAUCUACAUAUUCCAUAAUGAAACGUUAUACAAUUUACAAGAGAACAUUUUAUUCUAUAAAAUAAUCUGAAAUGAUCUGUUGAAGCUAUAUAAAAAGCAUAUUAAAGUUUUAAAACUGUACUUUGACAAUACAGCCUAGGCUCCAAUCACAUAAUCAUUAUAGGGUGAGCAAGAUUUUCUAGAUUAAAUCUUAACUAGGAAUAAGACUAAGCUGUAAAUAUAUUUAUUAUUUCCAUUGCCCUAUCCUGAAUAUCAGUUUACUAAGAUUUCUUUUGGAAGGAAAAAAUGGAACUUCUUUGGCCACUGUUGACAACUGUAAUCUAAAUUUUUAUACCAAAUACUGUAAAAAACUUAAUUUCCAAGAUAAAGACCAAGAGCAGUAUCCUUACUCUGAAAAGCAAAGAAAUUUAAAAAAUAACAUUAAAGCAAGCACCCAACAGAUUUUUCUGGCUUGAAAAUAAAUUGUUGCUCAAAAUUACUUCCUUAAAUGAAAAAUCACCUAUGAAUUUUAAAUAUAAGUUGUGAUUAAAGAUAAGUUAAUGUUGAAGACUAAAACUGGAGAUUUAUAGUAACUGGAACACUUUCACUAGACUAUUAGUCAUUUACUGCAAAGUUUCAAAGAGGAUAUCAAGCUUAGUAAUGCUCUGUUUGCUUGUAUAAAUAGUAACAAGUGGGCCUUCUUUGGCAGUUCAGUGGUUAAGACUCCGCACUCCCAAUGCAAGGGGUGCAGGUCUGAUCCCUGGUUGGGGAACUAAGAUCCCACAUGCAAUGUGGCAUGGCCAAAAAAAAAAAAAAAGGGACAAGCAAAACU